AUGGUGCCAGUGGCUAAUCCGGAAGAUGAGGCCGCGUCCCCCACGCUUGCACCACCAACUCAACAAAUAUUUGAUGAAGGCAUUCCAGCCAACGACAUGUACGAUCCAUCUUGGCGUACGGAUAGUUCUGAGGAAGAGUUUGAUGAAGGUCUUGUUCCGGAUAGCGAGUCAUCAGAUACAGAUGUCGACGGUGUUUUUGAUUGUUGUCCGUCUACUGCAGUUGGACAACCAAUUCCAUCGCCAGGCAUUGUCGGAAUGCAAGAUCCUCCAGUUGCAGGAAAUGAUAAUGUACCAUUUUGGUCUGGAAUUAGCCAUUUCACGAAUGUUAAUUGGGAAUAUCCAGAUCAAGAAUUGGAUGAUAUGAAUGGAGCACAAAUACCUAAUUGGCAUAUCGGCGACGAGCUAUAUAAGGACCAAUUGUUUGACACCAAGCAAGAUGUACAGAUGGCAUACCAUGUGUAUUGCCUUCGCCACGUGGCCAGUAAUUUCAAUCACAAGUUCAAGAAUGUUAUGUUGAAGAAGCAGUUGAAGAAGUUAGGAUAUACAACAUCGCGCUUGGACUUUGAUGCUGGUUUAGAGAAGUUUAAAGAAACAAGCCCUCAAAUAGCUGCUUGGAUUGAUCACAUCCCGAAAGAGAAGUGGAGUAUCUCUUACGAUGAACAAGGAAGAAGGUUUGGCCACAUGACAACAAAUCUGUCAGAGUGUGUUAAUAAAGUUCUAAAAUGGGCGCGAAACCUUCCAAUUACCUCACUUGUGCGUAUAACUUACAGUAGACUGGUGGCAUAUUUUUUAGAGCACGGACAGAAAGCCUGUGAUGAGCUUGAGAGAGGUAAUCUCUUCGCCAAAGUUAUGUGGCGAGCAUAUGUGGACAAUCAACGUAAAGCUGCGACACAUUGCGUAACUUCUUAUGACGCGCAAAGGACAAGAUUUGAAGUGCAAGAGUCGUAUAAUGUAUGGUCUCAUCGCGACGGUAAAAAAUGGUCGGUUUCGUUAUCUGAGCGUACAUGUCAGUGUGGUGAGUUCACUUCUUUCAGGUUCCCGUGUAGCCAUGUCAUAGCGGCAUGUACAUCGACGCAUCACGAUCCCACACAGUACAUAGACCCUGCAUACAGUGCCAAGAAUCAAUGUGAAGUUUAUUCGGCUCAAUGGUAUCCAAUUGGUAACGAGGAUUUCAUACCGCCAUUUGCACAUGCAACAAUUAUACCAGAAGUGUCUAUGAGACGUCAAUGGGGAAGGCCCAACAGUACACGGAUUCACAAUGAAAUGGAUUCGCGGGAAGGCGCAAUUACUCGAACAAGGUGCGGUUAUUGUAGGGAGGUUGGGCAUAAUAAACGGCAUUGUCCUUCGCGACAACAACCACAGCAGUGA